CUCACGUGCCACAUACGCUUGUAAACACACGACACGAGUUGCAAAACCUGUCUACCUACGAAGUCAUCAAAGGUUAUGCACUUCAGUUCAUGAUCUGGUCAGGUCAUCAUGGAUUCAGUUUCAUCUUCUUCUUCUUCUUCUGCAUCCAACAAGACAUCAUUAUUAACAUUAGAAGAAUGGAACGGUUCAUCUCCCACUAAACUCUCUAAAACUUUCACUAUCAAAGCUUCUUCUUCCUCUUUCUCCAUUCGAAGAUCUGGUGCACGCUUUACUCAUGUUUGGAGACGAUUUCUUCAAGCAUUUGUUCCUGAGGGGUUUCCAAGCAGUGUUACUCCAGAUUAUGUUCCAUUUCAAAUUUGGGAUUUACUGCAGGGCCUGUCUACGUAUAUUAGGACCAUGCUUUCUACCCAGGCUCUCUUGAGUGCUAUUGGAGUUGGUGAGAAAUCAGCUACAGUCAUUGGUGCCACUUUUCAGUGGUUUUUGAGAGAUCUAACUGGCAUGCUUGGGGGAAUCUUAUUCACAUUCUACCAGGGAUCAAAUCUUGAUAGCAAUGCUAAAAUGUGGCGUUUGGUUGCAGAUCUCAUGAAUGAUCUUGGUAUGCUAAUGGACCUCAUUUCACCAUUGUUUCCAUCAGCAUUUGUUUUUAUUGUUUGUUUAGGAAGCAUAUCAAGAUCUUUCACUGGCGUUGCAAGUGGAGCCACUAGAGCAGCUUUGACUCAACAUUUUGCUCUUCAGGAUAAUGCUGCCGAUAUUUCUGCUAAGGAAGGAAGUCAAGAAACUGUGGCGACUAUGAUUGGCAUGGCACUGGGAAUGCUUGUUGCUCGCAUUACCACUGGUCACCCACUAGCAAUUUGGUUUUCUUUUUUGUCUCUGACUCUGUUUCAUAUGUAUGCAAACUACCGAGCUGUUCAAUGCUUGUCAUUGAACUCUUUAAACCCUGAAAGGAGCUCUAUUCUUUUGCAGCGUUUCAUGGAAUCCAGACAAGUUCUCUCCCCUAAACAGGUCUCUCCACUGGAGCAUGUUUUACCGAUACAACUAACCUCGAUGAGUUCAAAGAAGGUUAAUUCCUUGGAUUCAAAAGUACGUCUAGGCACAAGGAUUUCUUCAUUUGAUGAAAUGGAAAUUAAGGAGCAUUUGCUUUCUUUAGCAUCUUACUACGCAAAAGCCAAGUACAUACUAGUGGAAAAGAAAGGAAUCAUCGACGUUAUUGUUCAUAAAGAUUCAAGUAGUGCUGAUGUCCUAAAGUCAUUUAUUCAUGCUCUUGUCCUCGCAAAUAAUGUUUAUAAAGGAAAAUCUCUGCAUUCAGACAGCCAAAUGUGGAUGGAAAACCAGUAUGAAGUAUUUAUUCAGAAGCUCAAGUCAUUAGGGUGGAAAACAGAACGUCUUCUAUCAUCACCUAUCAUAUGGAGGGCAAAUUGGAUACACGAACCGUCCGAAGAAAAAAUCGACUAGGUUUAUCUCCAGGUCUGAUACAUUAACAUUGGUCUUAAGGCUCUGGAUGGAUUGAGUUAAACUGUUGUAAAGAUUAUAACACUUCUUAUAAAGGGACUUAAGUCUUAAGCAAGUGAGGAAAAUAUGUCGAAAAUAAGAAAUGUAAACUUUUUAUGUGAAGACUUUUCAUGAAAUAGAUAUAGCAGAUUCUUUCCAAAAAAAGGGACAUAAGAUGUAAUAGAAGAGGUAACAUUUUUGCCCAUUGGGAAUGCGAUGACUUUUAACAUUGACCACUGUAUAAGUGGUCCAUGGUGGUCUAUGUUUUGAGAACCA